GUGACGGUGUAAGUUUCUAGAAUGCUUUCCCAGAGUACAUUGCGUGGCCAAUAUGGAGGAACUGACGGUAGAAGUCCGUGGCUCCAACGGAGCUUAUUACAAGGGAUUUGUCAAAGAUGUCCAUGAUGACUCACUUACCAUUGUCUUUGAAAAUAACUGGCAACCAGAACGGCAGGUUCCUUUCAGUGAUGUACGAUUGCCGCCUCCUCCAGAUGCAAAAAAGGAAAUUGGUGAAGGUGAAGAAGUUGAGAUUUACUCCAGAGCUAAUGAUCAGGAGCCAUGUGGAUGGUGGCUGGCAAAAGUGCGAAUGAUGAAGGGUGAUUUUUAUGUAAUUGAGUACGCUGCUUGUGAUGCCACAUACAAUGAAAUAGUCACCUUUGAGCGUCUUCGGCCAGUCAAUCUUAACAAACCUGUGACAAAGAACACUUUCUUCAAGUGCACUGUACCAGUCCCUGAGGAUCUGAGAGUUGCAUGUGAAAAUGAACUUGCACAUAAGGAUUUUAAAAAAGCAAUUGGAGCCUGUCGCAUCUUCUACAGUGUGGAAAUAGGCCAGUUAGUCAUAUUGUCCACAAAUGAAGCCACAAUUAAGAGGGUUAACAUACUGAGUGACAUGCACUUGCGAAGUAUUCGUACAAAACUGAUGCUCAUGUCUAGAAAUGAAGAAGCUACAAAACACUUGGAGAGUACAAAGCAGCUGGCAGCUGCCUUCCAUGAGGAGUUUACUGUGAGGGAGGACUUGAUGGGUCUUGCCAUUGGAAGUCAUGGCAGCAAUAUUCAGCAAGCAAGGAAAGUGCCAGGAGUUACAGCAAUUGAACUGGAGGAAGACAGCGGUACGUUUAGAAUUUAUGGAGAGAGUGCUGAAGCAGUAAAGAAGGCCAGGAGUUACCUUGAGUUUAUAGAAGACUCUGCUCAGGUUCCUAGACAUUUGGUUGGAAAAGUGAUUGGAAAAGCUGGAAAAGUCAUCCAAGAAAUUGUGGAUAAAUCUGGAGUUGUACGAGUCCGAAUCGAGGGUGACAAUGACAACAGACAUCCCAGGGAAGAGAUGCAGGGAAUGGUUCCUUUCACAUUUGUUGGCACAAAGGAGAGUAUUGGGAACGUUCAUGUUCUUCUGGAGUAUCACAUUUCCUACCUUAAUGAGGUCGAACAGCUGAGAAUGGAAAGGCUGCAGAUAGAUGAACAGCUCCGGCAGAUAGGGAUGGGCUUUAGGCCUUCGUCCAGCCGGACUGCUGAGAAAGAUAAAGGCUACACGACGGACGAAAGCACCUCUGCUUCCUCCCUGCAUGGCAGCCGCUCCUACAGCGGCCGAGGCCGGGGGCGCAGGGGCCCCAACUACACCUCUGGAUAUGGCACAAAUUCGGAGCAGUCCAACGCGUCGGAAACGGAGUCGGACAGGAAGGACGAACUGAGCGACUGGUCCCUGGCAGGGGAAGACCGCGACCGGGAGCUGAGGCACCAGCGGGACAGCAGGAGGCGGCCGGGGACGGGCAGGGGCCGUGGAGGCACUGGAGGCAGAGGGCGGGCAGCAGGGCGGGGCAGUGCCAUCUCCUCCAUCAGCUCAGUGCUCAAAGAUCCUGACAGCAACCCUUACAGCAUAUUGGACAACACUGAAACGGACCAGACUGCUGACACGGACGCCAGUGAUUCUCACCACAGCGCCAGCCGGCGCCGGCGCUCCCGCAGGCGCAGGACUGAUGGGGACGCCACAGUUAUCGAUGGCAUGACAGAGUCCGAUAGUGCAUCGGUCAAUGAGAAUGGUAUAGAUGAUUUGGAGGCAAAACCUCAGCGGCGUCACCGUAGCCGCAAGCGGCGUCUCCGCCCACCGGCAGAAGACAGGCAGCCAGUUACAGUGGCGGAUUAUAUAUCACGUGCUGAAUCACAGAGCAGACAAAACCCACCAAAGGAUAAUCUGAAAAAGAACAAAAAGGAAAUGGGGCAAGUUGAUCUCAUAGAAGAACACAGCACAUUGGAAAAGAUGAUAAAUGGUCCAAGUAAUGGAUCUGGUGACGAACUAGGAAAGUUUCAAUGCACUCCUACUGAAAGAACGCAGAAGGUAACUUAUCAAGGUGAUGGAAAUAAUCAAGAAACCGUGCUGAAUGGGGUCUCUUAAGUAACUCAAUCUAAAUCUAACAGUAACUUUCAUGUUACAAUAGUGCUUGUACAAGCUUGCCAAAGAUAGAAAUAUGGACUGCCAGAUUUUUUUACUGCACUUUUCAGUUCCUUCAUACUGGAACGCAAUGGGAUAGAUCCAGAAAAUAUAAUAAGUACAAAUUACACUUAGUAAGUUCAAAGUACAUUAUCAGAUGUUGUGCCUUCAGAAAGUAGAUUCAACAUAAGAAGUUUGCUGGCCGUAGAAAACAUAACUCUUGUUGAAUAAGACGAUUACGGGAAGACCCCUGACAUCCUAAUACCUGUUAUGAAAAGUAUUAGCUGCUUUUGUUACGUUUUAAUAUGCAACCACUUCUUCAUAAGAGGAAAUUUAGUAAAUGCAGUCAAAAAAUUGCACUGAAUUGUACUUUUCCCAUUAGAAUUUGUCAGUCUGGAAACUGGUCUGUUUUACUCAAACUUUGUUGUCCAUUUUUUUAAAUGCUGUAAGACAAUUCCUGCGGAAUGCUGGAGGAAUGGAUUUUACUUCUUGUCUGCAGGAACACUGGAGAGAUAUUGGCAGUGACUGUUUUGCAAAGGGGCUUUGUUUGGUUUAUUUAUUUAAAAAUGUACAGUAUUUAAAAACAAAGCAUAGAUUUUGUUUAAACACUAAACUGGCUGAAAGUGUUUCAAAACAUUAAUUGAACUACUGAAAGAUCAAUUUCCAGAAUUUUUUUUGUUAUGUAAACUGUUGGUUAGUCCGGGAUUUUUUUAAAUUAUCCUUUUGGUUGUUGUGCAAUAUGUUUUGUAUGCAGGUAGUUCUUAAAUAAAACUUGAUCUUCCAUCUUUCGACUUGAAUAUGUUACCUUUUUUAACUUUCACAAUUCUGUAUCAAUGUUUUCAUUUUCAUAAAAAUAAAAGACUCCUGUGUGUAUAUACAGUGCUUACUUGGUUAGACAGCUAUUUACUCUGUCAAAUCAGUUCUCUGAUGACAACAUUAAACUCAAAAGCCUGCAUUUUACCAUUGA